AGCGCGGAGUGCGCCGGCGCGUAGUCUGGGACGCCGGGCCGAGGCUUUUGCCAGGGAACCGGCUGUUGUCGCCCCGCCCCUCCGGGGCUACCUGUCUGGUUAACUGUCGGGGUGGCGGGGGCUGCAGCGCCGGGCGACAUGCCGGUGCGCUUCAAGGGGCUGAGUGAAUACCAGAGGAACUUUCUGUGGAAAAAGUCUUACUUGUCAGAGUCCUGUAAUUCCUCUGUGGGACGAAAGUACCCAUGGGCUGGACUUAGAUCAGAUCAAUUAGGGAUCACAAAAGAGCCAAGUUUUAUUUCAAAAAGAAGAGUCCCUUACUAUGACCCACAGAUUUCCAAAUCUCUUCACUGGAAUGGAGCUAUCGCAAAGAAAGGUGUGGUUGUCUCAUCAGAGCCUGAAGCCCUGGAAACACUCAAAUCACAAGAGGCAGAACAAAAAGAUGUUACCCAAGAAAGAGUUCUCUCACUAGAAGCCUCCAGGGUUCCCAAAAGAACCAGAUCCCACUCUACGGACUCCAGAGCUGAAGGGACUUCAGAUGUUGUAGAAAAUAAUGAGAAUGUAAUAACAAACCGUGCACCAGUUAAUGAAAAGGCGGAAUUGGAACAUUCUACGAAGGUUCAUUCAGAAAAUGUAGAUAAUGGGUUGGAUAGAGUUCUACGUAAAAAAGCUGGAUUGACUGUCGUUCCUUCACAAAAUGCCUUGAGAAAUUCUGAAUAUCAAAGGCAGUUUGUUUGGAAGACCCCUAAAGAAACUGCUCCAGUUUUUGCAGCCAAUCAGGUUUUCUACAAUAAAAGCAAAUUUGUUCCACAAUUCAAAGGUAACUCAAUUAUCCAUGAAACUGAAUACAAAAGGAAUUUCAAGGGUUUAUCUCCGAUGAAAGAACCAAAAUCAAGAAAUGCUUUGAGAGAAAACAGAAAUCUUGAAACCAUAUCUCCUGAAAAAAAGUGUGAUAAAACAGACGAUCCUAUACAAUUAGAAGAAGAGAUGGAAUUAAAAGACUCAAACCAGCCUAAAAAGAAGCUCACUCCUUGGAAACAUCAACGGCUUGGGAAGGUGAAUUCUGAAUAUAGAGCAAAGUUUCUGAGCCCAGCUCAAUAUUUAUAUAAAGCUGGGGUUUGGACACGUGUGAAGGAAAAUAUGCCAAAUCAGGGUUCUCUAAAUGCCGUGUGGUAUGCGGAGGUUAAAGAACUGAGAGAGAAGGCUGAGUUUUAUAGGAAACGCGUUCAGGGAACGCAUUUUUCUCGGGACCAUCUGAAUCAGAUUCUGUCUGAUAACAACCGCUGUUGGGAUGUCUCCUCAACAACAAGCUCAGAAGGAACCAUUAGUAGCAACAUCAGAGCUUUAGAUCUUGCUGGAGAUACUACAAGCCAUAAGAUUUUACAGAAAUGUCCUCCGACAAAACUAGAAGAAAAAAAACAUUUCUUGGAAGAAGAGCCCCAGAAAACUCCCAUGGAGAAAGUGGGUAUGUCAGAUGUGCCCACUGCACCUGUCCGAAGGCGGCUGGCUUGGGAUGCAGAGAAUGCCGGGGAGGACCUGCAGACACAGCCCAGAGAGGAAGAGGAGGAGCAGGAUGGGGAGAGGGACAAGCAGGCGUCUGUAGGAGAGCCGGAGGACUCGAAGGCAGAUGAGUCAAAAGAAGGGUCGGAUUCAUCUUCUGUUUCCUCAGGAAAAGGAGGUAGGCUUCCUACUCCAAAGCUGAGAGAACUUGGUGGAAUCCAGAGGACACAUCACGAUCUUACUACUCCAGCUGUUGGUGGUGCUGUUUUAGUGUCUCCAUCUAAGGUGAAGCUUCCAGCCCCAGAAGAGAAGAAAAGGAUAUCCUCUCAGGAUUGUUUAGAAACUCCAAAGAGUGAUUUCACAAAGAAAGAAAGUCGUGCUAUAUCCCUUCUGACGUCUCCAGCUGCUGGUAUAAAAACAAUUGAUCCCUUGCCUUUGCGGGAAGAUUCUGAAGCCAAUAUCUCCAAAUUUGCUGAGGCAGCUCUUCCAGUUUCCACAGUUCUGGAAUAUCCAAGAAACACCCCCGGACGGUUGCCUUCUCCACCCCACGCCUCGUCUUACUGGCAUCCCUCUCGUCGGAUUCAGGGCUCUCUGAGAAAUCCAGAAUUUCAGCACAAUGUGGGAAAAGCGAGGAUGAACAAUUUCCAGUUACCUCAGCACGACGCCUUUAAUGAUGAAGACGAGGACAGGCUGUCUGAGAUUUCUGCCCGCUCUGCAGCGACGAGUCUCCGCGCUUCUCAGACCCUGGCACGAGCCAAGAAGAGGAAGGAGAAUUUCUGGGGUAAAACAUAAACCUCGCCCAGAGGCUUGUACACAGGGAACCACGAUGUAAUUUUUCUUUAUUGCUUACUAUGUUAAGAUGUUUUGAGUGUUUUAAUUUUUUUUCUGACAUUCCUUACUUAACAGAAAUACUUGAUUUUUAAUAGUCUAUUCAUUUACUUGGAAAUUUUUAACACAGGCUUAUACAAUUUAACUUUUAAACACUACUUUUCAUGUAUAUCCCAAAGUAAAAAGACAUAGAUUAUAGAGUUCUUCACAUGGUAUAACUGUUGUAUUAGGUGCCAUGGAUAGACUUGUACCCAUCCAGAGAAUAUUCCGAAAAGAUAAACCGAAGUAAAAAUUAAAGUCCCAGUGUGAAGCAUAGAUCCCCAAGAUUGAUUACAUGUAUCUUCAUAAUUGUAGAUGUGAUAAAAUGAAUUUAUUGUUCUUUAACUUUUGCU